AUGGCAAGGGUAUCAGAGAAAGCCCUUCGACCGCGAGAAUAUGUGUUCAACCGCCUCUCAGCCGAGCGGAUAGCACAACUCACGCCCGGCGUGCGAAAGUUGAUGAGGAAGGAGCGAGAGGCGGCGGCGCAAGCACGAGCGGCUGAAGCCGCCCGGGAGGCGUCAGAGGCCGCAAGACACGCAGAGAAUAUUAUCGCUGGCGUGCAAACGCCGGACCCCGAAAGUGAAGCGAUACGCGCGCUUGAGAAAGAGUUAGAGGAGCUUCGCGAGAAGAAGCGACGCCUUUAUGUGCAACUGAAGAAAAAACUUGAGAAGGAUGGGGCGCAUAAGGUGGAGAUGGACAUUACUAGUGAUACGGGAUCGCUUGCAAAACAAGAGAGUAUUUUAGAGAACCCCCCCAAGGAGGAUGGAUCGGGUCACGGGGCGGGGACACAGAAUGCCAAGUAA